AAAAAAAGACGCGUCGCUAAAUUGAAUUUCCUAAUCUCGAAGCCCCUUCCUUCCUUUCUUUUGCUCCCAGUCGCGCUCUCGUCCACUACCUCCCCCAUCUUCGCACUCCUCUUUCCCUUAUUUUCCACCUCUCUUCACUCUUCCACCUGUUUUCAAUUCAUAAGACAUAUGUCUGGACGGAAAAGACAAGCCUCGGAGGCGAGCAGCGACGUCGAGAGUGAUACUCUCAUCGAUCCCCCUUCCUCGCUCCCGCCAUCCUCACCCCCAGCGAUGCCUUUCGAUGACGCCGAGCUGGACGAAGAGCUGCCUCAGGAUGACUUGAUCGACGACCUUGACGAGCAGGCCGAAGAAGAGGACGGCAUUGACCUUUUCGGCGACAACCUUGAGCGCGAUUAUGCAAACCUCGAUGACGAGAACAACACUUAUAACCUUGGCGCGCGGGAUAUCGAUGACGAUGACUAUGACGAUAUUGAUAUUGGUGAACGGCGCCACGUCGACCGGAUCUUGGACCGACGAGAUAGAGCCAUCCGCAGCCGACGCGGACUCCCCGAUGCGUUCCUGGAUGAUGAUGAGAUGGAUGUCGAGCUUCCGACUCGACGACGUCGGAGAAAUGCGUACGACGAGGACCCCGAUCUCUCAGACGACGAGGACCCCUCGCUCGACGAACUCUCUGCCAACGCUUUAGGCGACGUCAAAGCUCCCACGAUUGCAGAGUGGGUCACGCAGCUCGCCGUGCACCGCACGAUUGCGCGCGAAUUCAAGAGUUUCCUGUUUGCCUACAUUGACGAGAACGGACGGUCGGUCUACGGAAAGCGUAUCCGCACGUUGGGUGAGAUCAACAGCGAGUCGCUGGAAGUCAGCUUCAAGCACCUGUACGAGGCAAAGUCCACACUUGCUCGGUUCCUGUCAUAUGCGCCUGCGGAGAUGCUCAAGAUCUUUGACGUCGUCGCCAUGGAAGUCGUCGAGCUUCAUUAUCCGGACUACUCGCGAAUCCACCCUGAGAUCCACGUCCGGAUCAGCGAUAUGCCAAAUAUCUGCGACAUCCGCAACUUGCGAGAGGUUCAUCUCAACAGACUUGUCUCGGUCGAGGGCGUCGUCACCCGCCGCACGGGCGUGUUCCCACAGUUGAAGUACAUCAAAUUCAACUGCACAAAGUGUAACACCGUCCUCGGUCCUUUCUUCCAGGAGUCCGACGUCGAAGUCAAGGUCUCGUUCUGCCACAACUGCCAGGCUCGGAGUGGCUUCACGAUCAACACCGAGAAAACCAUGUACCGAAACUACCAAAAGAUCACGCUUCAGGAGUCACCGGGUACUGUCCCCGCCGGUCGUCUGCCCCGACACCGCGAGGUGAUUUUGCUCUGGGAUUUGAUUGACUGCGCAAAGCCGGGCGAGGAGAUCACAGUCACCGGAAUCUACAAGAACUCGUACGACGGACAGCUGAACGCUAGAAAUGGGUUCCCCGUCUUUACGACUCUCAUCGAGGCAAGCUCCAUCCGUCGUCGCGAUAACAGCGGCGAAGGCGGGAUGUGGACUGAAGAAGAGGAGCGCGCGAUCCGUCAGCUGUCGAGAACGCCGAACGUGAUUAACAUGAUUAUCAAUUCUGUCGCGCCCUCGAUCUACGGACACGAAGACAUCAAGACUGCGAUUGCGUGCUCGCUUUUCGGCGGUGUGCCCAAGAACAUCAACGGCAAGCACUCGAUUCGUGGAGAUAUCAAUGUGUUGUUGCUUGGUGAUCCGGGUACUGCAAAGUCGCAGUUCCUCAAGUACUCCGAGAAGACCGCGCACAGAGCAGUCUUUGCUACCGGACAAGGUGCCUCCGCGGUAGGUUUGACUGCCUCUGUUCGUCGGGAUCCAUUGACCAGUGAAUGGACCUUGGAAGGCGGAGCUCUUGUGCUUGCCGACAAGGGUGUCUGUCUGAUUGACGAGUUUGACAAGAUGAACGAUCAGGACCGAACCUCGAUCCACGAGGCUAUGGAGCAACAGUCGAUCUCGAUCUCGAAAGCCGGAAUCGUUACAACCCUACAAGCUCGCUGCUCGAUCAUUGCGGCUGCUAAUCCCGUCGGUGGACGUUACAAUUCGAUGGUGCCGUUUGCUCAGAAUGUCAAUCUCACAGAACCUAUCUUGUCUCGAUUCGACGUUCUUUGCGUUGUUCGCGAUCUGGUCGACUCGGAGACUGAUGGGCGCUUAGCCGCGUUUGUCAUCGAUUCCCAUACUCGCUCUCACCCGAGCCCUGAGGACGAGGCGACCGAUGAAGAGGACGACGACGAUAUGAUGGAUGAUGCUCCCGCUCAGAGCACCUCCCAGUCCACCACGCAGACUUCAGAAGCAGACGCGAACUCGUCGCCUCAGCGACCUACUCCCUCCACAGCCAAAGACAAGGAAGAAAUCUCACCGAUCCCGCAAGAGUUGCUCUCCAAGUACAUCAACUACGCAAAGCAGAACGUGCACCCAAAGCUUCUCAACAUCGACGAAGACAAGAUCUCAAAGCUGUACGCCGACCUGCGCCGAGAAUCGCUCGCGACCGGAUCGUUCCCCAUCACCGUGCGACAUCUCGAGUCCAUUCUCCGGCUGAGCGAGUCCUUUGCCAAGAUGAGACUGUCGGAGUACGUUUCGUCUCGCGACAUCGAUCUCGCAAUCAGAGUCACGAUCCAGUCCUUCGUCGGCGCGCAAAAGGUCAGCGUCAAGAAGAGUCUGCAGAAGAGUUUUAUGAAGUACAUGCUUCCCAACGAUGGCAAUGCUCAGGGUCGUCGACGGAGACAGCGCGCGGAUGAGAUGGAUGAGGAUGAGGAGUAAAUGGGAUGGGACAGUGUUAUAGGUUCUGCUGGUAAUUUGUUUGAGUUAUGUCUUGUGUUGUGGUUAGUUGUGUUAUUCCAUGCUUUGUAUGUUAAGUCGCCUGUAUUGUUAUGUUGAUUGAAGCGUCUGUAAAGUAAUAUUAUUCAAAUAGUGCUAGAUUUCAGUAUGAGGAGAAUCAGAUGAUUAGCUGUAAGAUGCGUCCAUAGUUAUAUUCUUGGUAAUUCAAUUCCUGCAAGCAAAUAAUGAAAAACUCUAGAAAAGAAAAGAGUAGAUAGAACGAAAUACUGGAAUGACCGCUGAUAAUUC